GAUGGGCGAUUUGAGGUAUUUCUCCGUUUUGUUGCUGGUCUCUCCUCCCCAAUGACAGCUCGGAGCCUGGAGGAGUUUCUGGGUCCGUUUCCUAAUGAAACAACCUGCCGGGUGAUUGACUGGGUGAAGGAGGAGGUUAAACGCCAGAGUGGAAACAUGGAGAGUAAAGCUGGUAAAAGGAGACUCCUGAACACAUUGCACUACCUGUUUGAGUCUCAGAAUCGUGGACUGGCUCAGGAAACACUGGGAUCUGUGGAAACACUUUCAUUCAGCGGAAUGACACUGACCCCGAUUGACUGCGCGGUCCUGUCUCAUGUCAUCGGACUCUGUGAUACAAUAAAACACCUCGACCUGGGGAACUGCCACAUUCAGUGUGAAGGAAUCCAGCGGCUGGGACCCGGGCUGCGCAAGUGCCAGGAGUUGAGACUGAACAAUAAUAAACUGGGAGAUUCAGGAGUGAAACUGGUGUCUGCGGCUCUGAGGAACCCGGAGUGUAAAAUACAGAGACUGGGGCUGAGGGAUGUCGGUCUCACAGAUUCUGGUGCCGAGGAUCUCGUCUCCGCUCUCAGUACAAACCCAUCCCUGACGGAUCUGGACCUGAGUUUUAAUAAACUGGGUGAUUCACGAGUGAACCUGGUGUCUGCGGUUCUGAGGGACCCGGAGUGUAAAAUACAGAAACUGGGGCUGAGGGAUGUCGGUCUCACAGAUUCUGGUGCCGAGGAUCUUGUCUCUGCUCUCAGUACAAACCCAUCACUGACCGAGCUGAACCUGAGUGAUAAUAAACUGGGGGAUUCAGGAGUGAAACUGGUGUCUGCGGCUUUGAGGAACCCGGAGUGUAAAAUACAGAGACUGGGGCUGCUCCGUGUCGGUCUCACAGAUUCUGGUGCCGAGGAUCUCUCCUCCGCUCUCAGUACAAACCCAUCACUAAUGGAGCUGAGCCUGACAUCAAACUCUCUGACAGACCGAUCUAUCCCCGCUCUCCGCCGCCUCAUACUGACCCUCCCGAGACUGGAGUGGAUCGAGCUGCGGGAGAAUCGGUUCAGCGAGACGUGGGGUAAGGAACUGAGAUCUCUACAGGAACCCAGACCGGGACUGAGAGUGACCGUGUGAACAUCUCCCCCACCACCCCCCCCCCCCGCGGCUUGGGGACAUUUGGCCGACUCCCCGCCCUCCCCUUUAACUACCCGCCUUAACUUUAACGGCCGCGCGCCGGGGCUGAUUCCCAACGGUUUUAACGGAACCGGCGGGGCAGCUUCCGCCGGAAGUGCGUGUACGAGACUCCCCACGUGGCACCCCGGGGAAUUACCCAGACAGGAAGAGCCCGGGGGUCCGGGGCUCAGUCUGGGACACCGGUGUCCCGGGGUGGGGGGGGGUAUGAUCCCGGGAGAGAAUCCUUUUGCCCCCUUUGCUGAGGACGGUGCAUUCGGCAGCCUGGCCGAUAUAAUGAUGUUAAAUGGACAAAUCCCUCGGCAGUGACCCUGGAUCUGCAGCGAUCCCGGACACGGCCCCGAAGUGUGAUUUUAUAAUCAUCGGUUCCCCGAUGCAGAGUGACGGUGAGAAACAGGACUGAUUAUUCAACCGGUCACUCCUUAUCGCCGGUCAGUUAAUUGUGUGUGACUGUGAGCAGAUCAUUUAUUCCCGCACGUUAGCAGCUCACACAUUGUUUCAUUGAUAUAUCUCAUAAAAAAUCAAUAAACCACUGAAUCUUCCUG